AUGUCGAUGGAAAUAGACGAGUCGAACGGCGUGGCCUUCCCUUCCCACCAGCUCCGUGAAUCAACGGCACCCACGAUCCUCUGUUACAACUGCGGCGCACCGAUUGACGGCACACAAGCGGCCGGCGCACUUUGCAGCGACUGUCUAAAGCUUACAGUCGACAUCACAGCAGGCAUCGAGAAGGAUGGCGUGCUUCUAAUGUGCAGAGACUGCGACAGAUGGCUCUCGCCGCCCAGUCAGUGGGUCGUCGCUACACUAGAGUCAAGAGAGCUGCUUGCGCUGUGUUUAAGAAAAUUGAGGGGACUACACAAGAGCCGAAUCAUCGAUGCGAGCUUCAUCUGGACAGAGCCACAUUCGAGGCGGAUAAAGCUUAAGAUCACGGUGCAGCAGGAAGCGUUUGAGGGUACGGUACUGCAACAGACGUUCGAGGUCGAGUUUGUGCAGCAGUUCAAGCAGUGUCCGGACUGCGCGAAGAGCUAUACACACAACACCUGGCGAGCGGUGGUGCAGGUGCGGCAGAAAGUGCCUCACAAGCGGACGUUCUUGUACCUGGAGCAGCUCAUCCUGAAGCAAGGUGCGCACAGAGAGACGAUCAACAUCAAGGAAGUAAACAACGGCAUCGACUUCUUCUUCUCCCAACGAAACCACGCCGAAAAAUUCGUCGACUUCCUCUCCUCCGUCUCCCCCGUCAAGACGAAAAAGAGCCAAGAGCUCAUCUCCAUGGACAUCCACACCUCGAGCAAAUCCUACAAAUUCACCUUUUCCUGCGAGCUCGUCCCCAUCUGCAAAGACGACCUCGUCGCGUUGCCCCUCAAACUCGCGCGCCAGAUCGGCAACAUCUCCCCGCUCGUCCUCUGCUACCGCAUUGGCACCGCCGUCAACCUCCUCGACCCCAACACGCUGCAGAUCGCCGACCUCAGCACGCCCAUCUACUGGCGCACGCCCUUCGCUCCGAUCGCGGAUGUCAAGGACCUCGUCGAGUUCGUCGUCAUGGACAUCGAACCCAUCGGUCCGCAGAAGGGGCGGUUCCUGCUCUCCGACGUGACCGUCAUGCGCGCGUCUGACUUCGGGAAAAGCGAUACCUCCUACAACGUCCGCACGCACCUCGGCAGCAUCCUUCACGCAGGCGACAGCGUAAUGGGCUACCACCUGACCGGCACGCAAUUCAACAACGAACACUUCGAAGCCAUCGAAUCCAGCAAGCAAUACGGCGGCACCAUCCCGGACGUCAUCCUCGUCAAGAAACACUAUCCCGCGCGCAAAAAGGGCAAAUCGCGCAACUGGAAGCUCAAGCGCAUGGCGCGCGAGGAGAGCGAGAUGAAGCCGCGCAAGCAGGACGAGGCAAGGGAUGAGGUGGAUUAUGAGCAGUUCCUGCGCGAUCUGGAGGCGGAUCCGGAGUUGCGGCAGGGGUUGAGUUUGUAUCGGAAUGCAGAUAAGGGGGAGAGGCAUGUGGCGAUGGAUACGGAGAUGGAGACGGAUGGGGAGGAGGAGGAGGGGUUGGAGAUUCCGAUGGAGCAGUUGAUUGAUGAGAUGGAGGAGGUGGGGUUGGGGGAUGGGGAGAUGGUGGAGGAGGACUGA